AAACGAUCUCAGGCACAGACAUUCAUGAAAAGAAAAGCUAAGACCGUGCCGAUCCAGUCAAACAGCCGAAUGAAAAGGAAGGAUAAAAUGUACAUAGCCGGCCUGGCCGGUUUGGGCCUCAUAGUUUUGGUAUCGAUCUACAAAUGUACUAGUGGCGAGGCUCGAUUGGCGGAAAGCGAGCAGUGCUUCUUCUGCGACUUCGCCCACCGCCGCCAAGGACCGCCGCCCAUCCUGGAGGUGGAAACGGACGAAUAUGUGAUCUUCAAGGACAAGUAUCCGGCUGCCAGGCACCACUAUCUGGCGAUUCCCAAGGAGCACUUCGACAGCCUGAAAGCCCUUAACAAAUCCCACGUGGGAUUAGUGCGGCGAAUGGAGCAGGGCAUGAUGGAAUUCCUGCGAUCGCAGAACGUGAAUCCCAAGGAGGCGAUUGUGGGCUUCCACCUGCCGCCGUUCAUCUCGGUUCGCCACCUCCAUCUGCACGGCAUUUUCCCACCUGCCGACAUGAGCUUCGGCAACAAGAUCAGCUUUAUGCCCUCAUUCUGGUUCAAAAAGUCCAAUGAUGCGAUUCGGGACUUGGAGGACCGGGAACUGUGAUAUGGGCUUAGUUGCGGGAGAGGUGCAAUUUAAAAUUAAGAGUUUUCUUAUUACUGUCUAAAGUUUCAACCAUCUGUGUCAACCCAGUGAGAACCAAGACCGUGAAAAUGUACAUAGAAAUGUAAUUGAUAUUUACAAUUUAUUAUAAAUUAGGGCUUACCCUAUUAACUGCA